GGGCUGCUGGCUGGGGUGCGGCCACUCGGCGGAGCGGAGCCGAGGGUAGCGGUUCGCAGCGGACGCGGCUAUGGCGGACAAGCAGGGAGCGAGAACCGACCGCAGCCGGCGGGUCCCGGACACCUUCAGCGAAGAGACCAAUGCUGGCCUUGGUGUGUGUGGAUGGCUCCUAGUGAUCUUUUCAUUCUUCUUCGUUGUUAUUACCUUUCCAAUCUCAAUCUGGUUGUGCAUAAAGAUCAUAAAGGAAUAUGAGCGAGCUAUCAUCUUUAGACUUGGACGCAUUGGAAGGGGUGGAGCAAAAGGACCAGGUCUGUUCUUCAUCCUGCCCUGCACAGACAGCUUCAUCAAGGUGGAUAUGAGGACAAUCUCAUUUGAUAUACCUCCCCAGGAGAUCCUUACCAAGGACUCUGUGACAGUUAAUGUGGAUGGAGUGGUUUAUUACAAAGUCCAGAAUGCCACCCUUGCUGUUGCAAAUAUCACAAAUGCUGACUCGGCCACCCGGCUCCUGGCACAAACCACCCUGAGGAACGUUUUGGGGACCAAGAACCUCUCUCAGAUCCUGUCUGAUCGAGAAGAAAUUGCACACAGCAUGCAGGUCACACUCGAUGAGGCAACAGACGAAUGGGGAAUUAAGGUGGAACGCGUGGAGAUUAAGGAUGUAAAGUUGCCAGUCCAGCUACAAAGAGCAAUGGCUGCUGAAGCAGAAGCUGCCCGGGAGGCAAGAGCCAAGGUAAUUGCGGCUGAGGGUGAAAUGAAUGCCUCCAGGGCCCUGAAAGAAGCCUCUAUGGUUAUUUCAGAGUCCCCUGCUGCCCUUCAGCUUCGCUACCUGCAGACUCUGACCACCAUCGCUGCGGAGAAGAACUCCACCAUUGUCUUCCCCCUGCCCAUAGACAUGCUGCAGGGCAUCCUGGGUGCAAAACACUAAACUUGUUGGGAUGUAGUGGGAAAGGGAUCUUCCCCAGCAGGACUGGUCUGUGAAACCAAAUUAGCUGCUAAAGCUUAAAGCAAUGUUAGCAGAGGGGAUCUUUAAAGGGGCCUUUUUUGUGUGAUACUUGUGUAUGUGAGUGUGACUGAUCACAAUCUUCUGCAAUUUAUAUAAACAAACUCUGCUCUUAAUUUAAAUACAGAUGCUUGUUUUAAUGUUCCCGUGGGUCACAAGCUUUUGUAAUCUGCACACACGUCCCGUUUGCAAAUGGGAUGACCACUUUGUGUGAAGAGCUCACUUCUGGAAGGGCUGUGAGAUGAUCACACACCACAGAAGUGGUUACCUCACAUCAGCCACACACACUCUCUGUGGUGAUGUUCCCUUUAGAGAAAAGGGUCCCUGGCGCUGGGUGUGGAGGGAAUGUAAGCUGGAAUCUCUUGGUAGCCACACAGACUGUUCCUUCAGUUCUGCCCAAUUGCUAAAGUAAAACAAUGUGUAUACUCAAUCUCUCUGAAAACCAGGUCAGUGGCUUCUUAAAACACAGUUUUCCCUCUUGCAAGAUGCAGCAGUUUGCCAGCACUGCUGAAAUUACUUUCCACUCCUGCCUUGCUGUAACAGCGGAAAAGGUAUGAGCACACUGUAGUUAUGGAUACAAUGUUUGUAUAAGCUAUCCAGUUGUCAUGGUUUGUGUGUCUGUCUGUAUUGAUUAAUGCCUUUUUAAAGCAUUUUAAAUGUCUCUGGAUCUGCCUUUAUUUGUGCAUCCACUUUUUAAAGGAAUGUUCCUUUUUUAAAAAAAAAAAAAUCUGAGUUUUGUUUGUAAAUAAGUAGCCUUUUUUGUCUUGAUUUUAAAUAUGCUUGUAAACAAUUUGAAGUGCCGUAUGUUAGUCCCAAGCCUUGCAUCUCUUGCAGAUAAAGCAAUUUUAAAGUCCUUGUAUUUCCUUUUUAAUAAAAGAUCUAUACACAGCU